UUGUCCCCGCCCGGCCCCCGUCCCGUGUCGCGCGGCGCUCGCUGGCUCGCGCCCGGGGCCGGCAUGGCGGCGGAGCAGCCCCAGCGCGAGGGCUCCAAGGCGCUGAGCGGGCUGCUGAGCGGCAUCGCGCAGGCCGCGUACUACGGCCACGCGGGCAUCACCGAGGAGCUGCUGCGGGGCCAGCUCUACCCCGAGGCGGCGCCGCACGAGUUCCGGGCCCUGCUCGCCAAGAUGAGCGGCGUCCUCAAGUCUGUAGCUUCAGCAGACAUGGAUUUGAACCAGCUGGAGGCCUUUCUUACUGCCCAAACCAAAAAGCAGGGAGGUAUCACAGCAGAUCAGGCUGCAGUCAUUGCAAAUUUUUGGAAAAACCACAGAACAAAAAUUCGAGAGAGUCUGAUAAAUCAAAGUCGGUGGGACAACACCUUGAAAAACAUGAACUGGAGAGUGGAUUUGAAAUCGCAGUCAAGGCACAUCGACCAAAUAAACACCCCUGUUGCAAUCGUUGAAAUGGAACUUGGGAAAAAUGGGCAGAAGUUCAUCUCAGAAGUGCACACAGAAUUCAACAAAUUUCUUCUUCCUACCUGACCAGUUUCCUAAGGAUGGAUGACUUAUGUCCAUGAGGGUUAAAUGUGUGUGAAGUCCUACUUCUCUUGUUCAAAAGUUGAGAAAGAUUUAAUGCUUGUUUGUUUGUUUUGAAAGCUGCAACAACAAGAAGUCUGCUACAAAACCACUAUUACCAGAUGGGCAAUGGACUUCCUUUUACCUUCUUACAAGCCAACCAAACACCAGUAUCAAACUCUGCUAGAAUGAUGGUAGAGGGUUCAUAACUUCCUGGGCUAUGAGAUUGAAGCCACUACUUUCAAGAAAUGUAAGGUGACAAUGUGGCUCACUCUACAAACGUCCAUAAAACACUGUCGGCUAGAUCUGUCUGCCGACAGUUGCAUCAGUUUGUCCUUUAGACUUCAGGUUUUUUUAAACGAUUUUUAAAUAGGAGAUAAUGCAAGAUAAUACAGUUUUGUGAGUAAAAUUACACUUUUGAAAUAGGUCUAUCAUAGAAACAGUGCGAGAAUGGAUAAUAGUUUUUCAAAUUAGGGAUAGACGAGGAAAUAUUCUUAAUUUGAUAUGUACUAAAUGAAACAAAUCCUUCAUGUACAAAUGGAUCAAGUACACCAAAGAACUCUUACUGUGCAAUUCUGCAUGAUUCCCAAAGCCUGCAUCCAAACACUUGAAUGCUACUUGUCUUUUCAAACUCUAUAUUAAAUCUAUUAUGCCCUC